AUGUCUCCUGCCGCUGCAGAGCGCAUCACGCAGACGGUGGAGAUCACCAAGCACGUGGUGGACAUCGAGGAGAAGGGUGUCAAACUGCGCCUCACCAUCGUGGACACACCAGGCUUCGGCGACGCCGUCAACAACACCGAGUGCUGGAAGCCAGUUGCCGACUACAUUGACCAGCAGUUCGAGCAGUAUUUCCGAGAUGAAAGUGGCCUCAACCGGAAAAACAUCCAGGACAACCGUGUCCACUGCUGCAUCUACUUCAUCUCGCCCUUUGGCCACGGGCUCCGGCCCCUGGACGUGGAGUUCAUGAGAGCCCUGCACCAGCGGGUGAACAUUGUGCCUGUGCUGGCCAAGGCUGACACCCUGACCCCUGCCGAGGUGGCGCGCAUGAAGAACAAGAUCCGGGAGGAGAUCGACCACUACGGCAUCCGCAUCUACCAGUUCCCUGAGUGCGACUCAGACGAGGAUGAAGAGUUCAAGCUGCAGGACCAGGCACUGAAGGAGAGCAUCCCCUUCGCUGUCAUCGGCAGCAACAUGGUCGUGGAGGCCAAAGGCCGGCGCGUCCGUGGGCGCCUCUACCCAUGGGGCAUUGUGGAAGUGGAGAACCCAUCCCACUCCGACUUCGUGAAGCUGCGGACGAUGCUGGUGAGGACCCACAUGCAGGACCUCAAGGACGUGACACGGGAGAUCCACUACGAGAACUACCGGACGCAGUGCAUCCAGAGCAUGACCCGCAUGGUGGUGAAGGAGAGGAACCGCAA